AGUGACCGCUGAGUGGAGGAUGGUUUGGGUGUGAAGAUGGGGAAGGACCAGGAACUACUGCAGGCAGUAAAGACGGAGGACCUGCUCACCGUUCAGAAGCUGCUGCAGAGGCCCGGGAAAGCAAAGCUCCUUGGUUCUGCUAAGAGGGUCAACGUCAACUUUCAGGAUACAGACGGGUUUGCUCCGCUGCACCAUGCUGCUCUCAGUGGGAACCUGGAGCUCAUCUCUCUGCUGCUGGAAUCGCAGGCCACCGUGGACAUCAGGGACCAGAAGGGGAUGCGCCCACUGCACUACGCGGCUUGGCAGGGGAAGGCAGAGCCUAUGAAGAUGCUGCUGAAGUCUGGUUCGUCGGUCAAUGGCCAAUCAGACGAGGGACAGAUCCCUCUGCACCUGUCGGCACAGCACGGACACUACGACGUGUCUGAGAUGUUGCUCCAACACCAGUCUAAUCCGUGUAUAGUGGACAAUGCAGGAAAGACUCCUCUCGAUCUGGCCUGUGAGUUCGGCAGGGUCGGGGUGGUUCAGCUCCUUCUCAACAGUAACAUGUGUGUGGCCCUACUGGAACUGAAACCAGGAGAUUCUACUGACCCCAAUGGGACCUCUCCUCUACACCUGGCGGCCAAGAACGGACACAUAGACAUCAUCAGGCUGUUGAUCCAGUCUGGAAUAGACAUCAACAGACAGACCAAGGCUGGCACGGCUCUGCAUGAGGCAGCUCUCUGUGGGAAGACUGAGGCGGUUCGCCUCCUGCUGGAUAGUGGUAUCAGUGCAGCUGUGAGGAACACCUACAGCCAGACUGCCCUGGACAUAGUUUACCAGUUCUCUGCUUCACAGGCCAGCAGAGAGAUCAAACAGCUACUCAGAGAUGCGUCAGCAGCCCUCCAGGUCAGGGCCUUGAAGGAUUACUGCAACAACUACGACCUGACCAGCCUCAACAUCAAGGCUGGGGACGUCAUCACGGUUCUCGAGCAGCAUGUUGACGGGCGCUGGAAGGGCUGUAUCCAUGACAACCGUACAGGAAAUGACCGCGUGGGCUACUUCCCUUCUACAAUAGUGGAGGUCAUCAACAAGAGAACAG